AAGACCCAAAAUUAUAAUGCUCGGGAACAUUCUAAGACUUUCUCUUUACAUCACCAAAACUAAAGCAGAGAAUGAAUUCUAAAUGGAAAAUACUGUUAUUGGUUUCAUUUGCUUUAUCACUGACAUUGAUUAAACAUCAUUUCCGGGAUCAUGAAACAGAAGAACCUCGGCUAUCAGACUGGUUUACUCCUAAAAAACGUCCUGAUGUAAUAACAACAACUGACUGGCUCGCUCCAGUCAUAUGGGAAGAAACUUACAAUAGACAGGUCCUGGAAAAAUAUUAUAAAAGAAUGAACAUUACCAUAGGCUUGGUUGUAUGGUCUACUAGAAAGUUUACAGGACACUACCUGAAGCAGUUCAUCCAGUCUGCUAAUAAGCACUUUAUGAUUGGCUACAAUGUUAUUUUUUACAUCUUGAUGGAUGAUUUCUCCCUGCUACCUCCCAUAGAGUUAGGUCCCCUUCGAACAUUUAAAGUAUUGCCUAUAUUAAGAGAAAAGUUCUGGGAAGACUUGAAUGCCCUAUACAUGAAGAACUUAAAUGUGUACAUCAUAGAACACAUCCAGCAUGAAGUUGACUUUCUCUUCAGUAUGAGUAUAAACCAGAUCUUCAAGAGUAACUUUGGAGUGGAAACCCUGGGCAAAUCUGUAGUUCAACUUCAUGCAUGGUGGUAUUUUGAGAAUGUUAAAAAAUUCCCUUAUGAAAGAAGACCUAAAUCAGCAGCUUUCAUCCCUUUUGGAAAGGGAGAUUUCUAUUAUCAUAGUGCAAUUUUUGGUGGCACACCUUAUGAGGUUUUAAACUUCACUGCAGAAUAUCAAAAAGGAAUAAUUCAUGACAUUGAAAAUGAACUUAGUAGCACACAUGAACGUCACCUAAACAAGUAUUUUUUUGUCAAUAAGCCUACUAAGUUGUUAUCACCAGAAUACAAUUGGGAUCCAACUUUUAGAACUCCUCCACAAAUUAAACAUGUUAAGAUAGCAUGGCAGUCAACUGGGAUUUGAUUGUUAUAUCAUUAGAUUUAUGGGUUAAUAAGUGAGUCAUAAUAAUUACUUAAAAAUAAAACAUUAAAAUUUUUAGUGUUUUAGAAACUUACCAAAAUGUGUGAUCUUUCAAAAUAAUUUGUUUUCUCCUUAUAAUUUUAAAUCUACCUAUGCUGAAUAAAUGGAUAAUUAA